AUGGGGGAGAACAAAGAACAUGGUGACAACGGCGCAGCGAAUCUGCCGUUCAACCAAGAGAAGAUGGACCAAAUCUUGGGAAAGCUCAAGAAAGCCGACCCGUGGCCUCGACAAUUUGGGGAUGUGAUUCAAGAAAAGGAGUCCUCCCUUGUCAAGAAACUGAGGGAGAUCAAGGAGAAAAAGUCGGCAUUCACAUCACCUCUUGUGUCGAGAACCUCCGCUAACUGUCUCAGCGCCCUGUACAAGCAAUCAUUCGAUGCAGAAAUUACGCCGCUUCUUAGUUCUGCAUUGGGAAGCUUCGCCAGCGGCGUGACCAAGGAUUCUACAUCUUUGGCUUUGCCACUUCCUGUUCAAUUUCUGGGAGCCGAAGGCCAGAUGUUUUGCGACGCAAUGGUCGCUCUCAUGAAACAAUCAGGCGCCCUCAUAAUCGCUUACGACGAGCUUGCGGCCCGGCCAUCCCAUACAUCCCGUCUUGAAGAGAUCCGGACGUCCUUUGACAAGGACAAGGGGGUUGGCGUGGGCACCAUCGAAGCCGGCAAGAAGGUCACAGGCAUGGAGAUUGAGAGACUUCUGGCCGAUGACCUUCACGACGUGAGGGAUCUGCAGGGUAUUACAGCUGAGGAGGAACAAAAGGGCAGGAUGCUUUUGUCACAUGGGGCAGAUCACAAAGAGGCUGUUUCGAAGCAGACGCCAGGAUGGGGAAAUAUUGCCCGGGACACGGAGAUGGCGAUUGAGGGGCUUUGCUUCGCGGGACAAGGCCAGGCGGUCAAGCGUUGA